AUGUCUUUAAAUUGUAUCAAAGACACAAUUGGAGAAUCAUUCGGUAUUAGUGCAGAUACUUUCGAAGUUCAAGUCUACGAUGAAUGUUGCAACGAUACCAUUGUAUUAGACGAUGAAUAUUUGCAGGAAUUACACGAACGAUUACCUCGUACACCUAUAAGCAAUCUUUACGGUGAUAUUUUGUCAAAUCAUUUUUCAUCAGAUUGCUAUGAUCUUGAUCGAUGUGAAAAGGAAGCAAAAUCGAACGAUUCUGCACAAGGUUUAUUAUUCGGAUGGAAUACUAUUGAUAACGAAAAUGGAACAUCAGAAGAGAUCAAUUUGAUUCAGGAUCAAGAAGACAAACCCUCAAAUCCCGAAGAAUGGUGUAUUUCAACAUCAGCAGAUGGUAAAAUUGUUAUGCAAACAAGAGAAGAUUUUAAUAAAGGAUACCUUUUUAUUUUUGCCACAGGAAACGCAGAUAUGUGCCAAUCAUAUGAGUUCGAUUAUUCGACAAAUUCUCCUCCAUCACUGAUUGUUGUAAAUCAAAUAAAUUCACUAUCAUCAAACGAUGAUAUAAAAAGACAUAUAUGUGAUUCCGAUACAUCAAUUACCGAAACUAUUUCGGACACAUUAUUUCCAUCUCAUAACAAUGAAUUAGAUUUCAGUAAAAGUAGCAAUCAUGAGGCGCAAGCAGCUGUUCAAAACAUUGUAGAUACUGUUGUAAGACAACCUCCCAGUAUCGAACCUUUCCCAGUAGGAACAUCAUGUACAAGUUAUUAUGAACAAAAUUCAGAUGAUCUUACCUUACAUCUUCCUGAUCAAAUAGCACAACCGACGACGCUAUUGCCAUUAUCAUCUUCAUUACAAUUUGUGCAUGAUGUCCAUCCUUAUCAAAAAACACAAUACGAUACAGAUAUUUCUGAUGAAUUUAUAGACAAAAGUCGGUCACCAUAUGUUAUGCGUAUUCAAGGAUUCAAGACAACAGCAGAUAAAGGACAAAGUAUCUUGCCUCGAAUAAAAGUAAGUAUUAACGAUGAAGAUUUGGUUUAG